CUAAAGUCCUGGCGAGUUCUCAAAGCCUUGUGUCGCUUUUAGUGAGUUGCCCAUUUGCGGGAGCCACAGCUCACGUUGUAGAGCAGACUGUUGGGCAGCGGGACCGUCGCGGUCGGCAGAAACGAAACGAGCCAGCCAGCGGCCGAAUGGGCAUGUGGAAGCUUUGAGCCAACACGAGCAGCAUCUCAUCAGCUGCAGGCCAUGGACACUGCAACUGCCGGUCCCAUGAUGCGUGAGGAUGUGCAAGGCGCGUUGGGUGCCGCGUUUAGCGCGGGCAUGGUCGGUGCACACGGCUCUUCUGCUCUGCCACUGCACCUGGGGGCCGCGCAUGCAGCUACAAUCGCACAGCUGGCAGCUUCACCUCUUGCGUUUGCGACGAUUGCGGGUCCAUUGGCAGUCGCUGACUUUGCCCAAGCCAAUGUGGAGCUUCUGCGGUCCCGCUCAAGCGCGGAGCAACGACCGGAGCAGCCACGUCCCUCAGCCCUUCCAACAGCACGGCUAAUCGAGGUGGCGCGCGCGGCCUUGCAGACUGUACGUCGCGGCCAAGGCGUGCCGCUCGGCGCAGCGCCAGCGGCCGCAUCAGAGCCAACAGCUUCGGAAAGGCAGCGUGAGGUUGUGGGUGGCAGCCAGGGCCGGCCGCCUCUCCUUAAACGGGAAGCGCCAGAGUCGGAUUCCGUGGAUCGCGACCGGCUUUCGGAGGCGAAACGGACUCGAAUCGACGCGCCCGACGCGCAAACUCGCUUUUCACUCAGUGCAUCGGUACCUGCAGCAGCGGCCAGCAGCGCAGAUGCUGUCGCUCACGUUUCAGCGGAUAGCGCUGAUACCAGCGUGCCGGCGCCAGUCGCUGAGCUAGCCGAGAGCGUUCCGAUAUCCACCGCUGCACCGGCAAAGCUUGUGUCUCCGUUCGCGGCACCGCCACUUCCACAGCUGCCGGGCCAGAGUAGCGUCAGCGGCUGUGAUGCAGAUGGCGCGACAACCAGAGCCACCGGAGCCGGCUCCCAGGCGGCGCCAUCCCUCGGAGGCUUCAAGUCCGCGUUCGCGGCUGCUGCCGCGGCGGAGCUCUGGGAGCCCGGGUGCAGCUUCACCACCGGGCGCCGCUCAGCGCGCUCCUCAGCGCUCAAGAGCAACGGCACAGCUAGCCUGCCGCGCGCCUUGGCGUCGGAAGGGCAAUCGCUGUCGCGACGUGGCUCGGGCUUUGUUGUAGCGGCGGCGGCCUUAGCCAUCGGCUCGGAUGCGACAGCGGCCAACGCCGCAGCCCAUAGCGGCCUGGAACGGCCUGAGCGCGGGCGCUCGGGAACAAUGGGAGCGUGGGGCUCGGGUGGUGGCUCUAAGCCGGAGAGCGCUGCCUCGGCAGACCUCCGGCGACUGGCGCAGCUGGCGGAGGCGGCGGCUUUGCUGGAGGGCUUCAGCGCCGGGCAUGUCCGUGGCAAUGCAGCCGACGGGGCGGAUACCGGCGGGAAGGCUACGACCUCGCCAUCGAGGCACCGGGCGGGCUCGCUCCCGACUGCCGGGAUGGUAGCAGCUUCAGGGGCGGCCGCCUCCGCAACUGGGUCGGGCGGCUCAGGUUCGGGCGGCUGUGGUGGCAGCAGCGGCCGGCAGCAGGCACCACAGCAGCACCAGCAGCUUGCUGGUAACUCAUCUGGGGCUGGAGCUGCACAUGGCGGCGGCGGCGCAUCGCUGCGCUCUGCAAACUCGCUGCCGCUUCGCGCGUUGGAGUCACAGCCGCUGCCUGGCUCUCGCAGCCGGUCGGAGCGCGCCGCUCGAGACGGCAGCCCCGACUCGGCUGACGGCUGCAACGGCUCUGCGGGACUCAGUCGCGGGCGCAGCGGCGAGCUGGACUCGUGGCGCGGCGGCGCUCGGGGGUCCGGCGCCCACGACGACGGCACGGACGCUGACGAGGGCAUGGAGGGUGACGACCUGCUCGCAGACGAGGAUGAGGACGACAGCGCUGGCGGUGACAGCUCGGGACGCAGCCUCACGGAUCGUUACCGCGCCGUGCUCAAGGCAUCAGCGCAGCAGCGCGGCCGCGGCUCGGGCUCCGCCGGCCGGGGCGGUGGCGGGCGGGCGGGCUCGCCGGACGACGAGGACGUGCUGGGCAGGUCCGGCAGCAUGCGCAACGGCGUGUGCGCGCGCAUCGCCAGCAUCACCAAGGAGCGGCUACAGCAGGUGUACCAUCUCAAUAUUGAGGAGGCGGCGCGCGAGCUGGGCAUCGGCAUGACUAAGCUGAAGGAGCACUGCCGCACGCUAGGCAUUCCGCGCUGGCCCAGCCGCAAGCUCAAGUCGAUGGACAAGCUGAUUGAGAGCUUGAAUGAGCGGGCAGCCAUUGAACCCGCCACCAAGGAGGUGAUCAACGACAUUCUGGCAGAAAUCGAAUCGUUCAAACGCGCGAUCUACGAGAACCCCUGUCUGGAGGUGGAGGAGGACAUCAAGCGCCUGCGCCAGUCCAACUUCAAGAAGGAGUACCAGCAGCGCCAGGUGGAGCAGCGUCUUCGCGUCAGCGAGCCGCGGAGCGAGCGGGAGCGCGGUGGCGCCAGCUCGCUGGGCCGGGCGGCGUCGGGGAGUCUCGCGACCAGCAGCCAGCAGCAGGAACGGCCGGCGACGGGAAGCGGGGCGGUUGCGUCGCGGGGCGCGCGGUAUGGCGGGAACUUGGAAUCCAGCCCUUCCCUGCCGCUGACUGAGGCAGGAGCAUGUGGCAUGGGAGUGCCGGUGGGCGUGGCGGCGCUGGCGCUUGCGGCGCAGGCUGCGGAAAUGCCGGCGGUGAACUUGGCCCGUGCCGCCUCGCUGGCAGCGGUGGCAGGCCUCAUCCAGCCGGUCAUGCCACCGUCCAACGUCCUCGACAUCUCGGUGCAGUCUGCUGCCGCUCUGGCGCCGCCUCCGCCACCUCAGCUACCCGGCUUGCUGCCGCCGCAGCUGCACCAGCUGCUACUGGUGCAGCAGCAUGCGGCACUGCACAGCCAGGGCAUAACGGCGUUGCUACCUGCCGGUGUGUUACCGAUGCCGUUGCAAGCCGCUGACAAGCCGCAGGAGCGAGCUGGUGAUACCAACCACUGUGACGCACCCGCGGCUGCUGAGCCAUUGUCAGCGGCCGACAACUUGGCGGAAAGGGUGAGCGUCGCAGUGGACCGGGUUGGCUCUGAAGCAAGCCCCAAAGUUGCAGUCGAGCGGUAGGAUAGGCAUGAGAUUUACGGACAAAGGUUUAUUCGGGUUGUGUGAGGGAAGUUGUGGACCUCCGGGAGUUAGCUACGUGUGAACAGGCGCUGCGCGGAAGUGCAUUCUUUGGUUGGAUUUGUCUAAAGCGUACGUCCGCGCUUUCUGGGGAUAUGGGCUGUUCGUGCAGCCAUGUUUCUGUGGAUUCGAAGUGCAAUUGUAAAGGCACCAUUGCAAUGCGCCGGGUGUGGUGGCCUUCGGACGUGCGGACACACAUGUUCUGUGUUUCCUUUGACAGGGAGAGCCACCUUUCUUGUCAAGUUUUUGUUUGACCUGUUGAUUAGGGCUGGCGGUGGUGCAGGCGUCGCUGCUCCAUGACAAGGGCACAAGGGGCGAGGCGCGUGUGUGCCACAAUACCAUGCCGAAUGCUUGUGCGCCAAGAAAUUUUGGGUGAACAUACAGCAUGGUCCUGGAUGAUGAGGAACGCAUGGGGCGCAUGUAACUAGUAACUAGUACGAGGGGUGCAUUUUGUAUGGCACAUGAAAGCGCGGCAUGUGCCACGAGAUGGUCGGUCUUUGGCAUCCCGUGGCCCAGCAGGUGGUUCUGACGGGCUUUCCAAGGACGCGCAUUGCAUCUGCCUGUUCCCCUUGUUGUUUGUAGAUGACGGGACCGGACCUUCUCGCACUGGGAUGUUUGGGAGUAGCCUGCGGCUUGCAAUAUGGCAAGCCAAGCUGGUGGUGGCGGCAGGUGGCGGGCAGCUCGUAAGGCGCAUGCAUCCCAAUGGGAUGGGGGCACACCCCUACUGAUUGAGUGAUUUCGGCACAUGUUUGUACGUGUACACGGUCAGCCGGACACUGCUGGCGAAGUUACCUGUAAUCAGAGGUUCUC